AUUUCCUUGGAAAUGACAAAAACGACUAUAAAAUAUUCAUACAAAAACUAAAAAAUAAUAUCGUUUUUAUAAUAAAGAAUCUUGGAUUCAUUCUAGGCUGUGAUAUUCUUUAAAAUAGUGUAAUUUUAUGUUGAAGACGCUUACUGAAAAACUAAGAUAUACAUCAAGUAAGAAUUAAGCAAUAAUAUGGCUAGUUUUGGUAUUUUAGAAGAUAACGAAAAUAAUGAUGUUAAGUGUAACAAGAGAUUGAAAAAAAGUAACAAGCCAAAUGAGCAAGUCUUUCAAAAAAAGGGCGUAGUAUCAAACAGGGGUGUUUUACGGACCCUGAAAAAUGGAGUGCGAGCCGAUGUAAAAACAAUACAUGAAAAGGAGCAAGAAAGUAGAAUAGAGGAGCUUGUAAGCCUAGAUGAUAGCCUUAAGGAAAAUGAAAAGAUUAACAAUUUAGACGCAGAUGUGUUGGAAGGAAAAGGAAAUGAAAAUGAGGAUCAUUUAAGAGAAGAAGAGAAUAUGCCAAAACGGUUACUUUAUGUUGCAGAGUACAGAAAAGAUAUAUGGAAACAUUUACAUAAUCUGGAACGAACUUAUUCGUUUCCCAAAUCGAAAUACAUGCUGAAGCAAAGCGAUCUGACGUGGAAUACAAGAAGUAUCUUGAUUGAUUGGCUGUCGAGCGUUUCCGAAGAAUAUAAACUCUGCACCGAAACUUUUCAUCUUAGCGUGAAUUAUAUCGAUAGAUUUCUAAGCCAUAUAGCCGUGGUAAGGAGUAAAUUCCAACUGGUCGGAGCGGCGGCUAUGCUGUUAGCGGGAAAAAUCGAAGAAAUUUAUCCCAUCGACGUAAAGGAAUGGUCAUAUUUAACAGGUGAUACUUUUACGCCCAGGCAAAUCUUGAAAAUGGAACAACUGAUUGCCAAGAUUUUAAGAUUUCGCAUGCAGCCGCCGACAAUGUACACUUUUAUCGAACAUUUCUGUCACGAACACCGCUUGGAUGCGCAAACGAUGCACUUGGCUAUGUACAUCAGCGAGCUAGUCUUGUUGGAAGGGGAUGAAUACUUAAACCACCUGCCCUCCAAAUUAGCAGCAGCGUCUAUUGUUGUGGCCAGAUAUACCUUAUCGGAAGAACAAGUCUGGCCAAGUAAAUUUAAAGAAUCUAGCGGUUAUACUCUCCAACAACUUAGCCCUCUAGUCAAGAAGCAACACGAAACCUUCAAAGACAGUCCCUUAAAGGAACAGCAAGCUAUACAAACGAAGUACAAAAACGAAAAAUACUUUAAAGUCGCUCUAGUCAAGCCCAAAAAUCUUCUAAUAGACUAUUUGGAAGAGUCCGAAUAACAAACUGUGAUAAUAAACUUUAUAUUGCUUGUAAAAUUAAGACAAUUUGCUGUAAUGUAUAGCAUAUUUGUUUAAAAAAUUAUUAUAAAAUUGUAUUAUAUUAGAUAUUUUUACACCUUUGAUAAUUUAUUACGCUUAUAUUAAAUUUUUUACAAUUUUAUUUUUCAAAAAUCACCUGUAUAAGCCUAUAUUUUAUAUGUAAGUUCCUCUUUCAAAUGUACUUAUCCUAAAUAAUAUUUUUAAUACACUUUUCACUCUUUAAAAUUGAAUUUAAACGUAUUUUAUAUUUUAUUUAGUUUUUGAAUUAAACUGCAGUCAGGCAAUAUU